AUGGAUCUAGCCCGUGAGAAAUCUGGUCCAUGGAAGAAAAAGAAAAGCAUUGAUGAUACACAUAUCUGCUCAUAUCUCUCUCUGAGUUCACUUGGUAUUCUGGAAAGCUUCUCCAGAAUACGCGAUCGUUGUACUUAUCUGAAUCGUUCGAAUUGCCGGAGUUUUGCCGUCGUCAACAACCGACGUCCCCAACAGAAGCUUGAGGCAGAGACCGCGAUUGUUUAUGGAGAGUCCGAGAAGGAGAUUGGCAACGGCGAGAGGAGCAAAUCGGCGAUAGAUUCAGAGACCGAGAACCAGAGGCAGAGAUCGACGACACUCGACAACAAAAAGCUUAGCUUAGGAAAGAAGGAGAUUGGCAAUGGUAGAAAGAUGACGGACAUGAGAAGGAAACUCGGCUUCGGUCAGGAAAUCUCGACGGAGAGAAGCCCUGAGCUCGACAGAGAGGAGAAUCCCAGAGCUCGACGGAGAAGAGAAGCUCAUGCCUCGUCGGAGAGGAGAAACCAAAACUCAGAGCUCGACGUCGAUGGAGAAUCUCGGCUCUCGGGUUUGAACAGACAGGGGAAACAAAGAAGUAGAGGGUUGGUUUAGCAGAGCAAGAGGUGGACGGAGCUGGGCGAAGCAUACCAAGAAGAAACUCGACAAAGGGAGACUGCAAAGGUAUGAGUCGAAAGAGA